GUUCUGCUGUGUUCCUCAGUGCGUGUCAGCGAGAUGGAAGGACAGCGAUAUUUCCUUUCACGUAUUUCCCUCCGAAUCGAAAGACCGAAGCCGCAGAGCCAGGUGGAUCGCUAACCUCCGCAUCGGCAAGGCUGUGACGGUGACAAUGACUGUUUGCUCACGGCAUUUUGCACGGAAUGAUUUCUCCUUACCAGAUGUUGCAUGUCAAAGACGGCGGCUGAAAAAAAAUGCAAUACCAACUGAAAACCUGCCAAGGACGUCAUGUUAUGAUGAGAACAAAGAUAUUCGGAUGAAAGAGCUUUCACUGGCAAGACUUCGCCGACGUGCUGAUCGGUCAGCCAGAAAUAAAUCAAGCAAGCAGACUGCUGCCUCUCCAUUAGAAGCAGAGGCAUUGCCCCAUGGACCUGUCAACACGACCACCAUGGAUGAUCUUCCAUUCCCUGACAGCAGCAGCAUGGACGAAAUGAGUGACAAAGAAAAUAUGGACGAUCUCCCAUGCCCUAACAGCAUGGACCAAAGCCUUGUAAACACCGCAAGUGACAUGGACAUAGCAGAUUUGGAAUGUGCUUGCCGACCUGGCCCCCAGACAUUAACGGCAAAGUACUCGAGAGAAGAAAAAGAUGUGGCAAAUUUCCUCCUAGAAAUGGCUUCAGGAACAAGGCUUAUAGAAAGCAAGGCUGUCCAAGUGACAUCGGGUUCUUUUCCACAGAAGUUUGUGGACACGAUAAAUAGUAGCAACGUAAAUACAUUCACAGGCCUGCCAUCAGUCGAUGUUCUGAAUGCUCUUGUGACGUGCUAUACAAAAAUUCAUCCACUUUCAGGACGGCACCAGUUGUGUGCAAAAGAAAGAAUUGCAUUGACAUUGGUGAAACUGAAGCACAAUAUUUCCACUGCAUUCUUGAGUCACCUUUUUAACUGUUCUCUAACCACCAGUAGCAACAUAAUUGCAGAGACUGUUCAGUUGAUGUCUAAAAUUCUAAAAGUAACUGUGACUGUGCCACCAAAAGAAGAUGUUGUUGAACAUUUGCCUGUCUGCUUUAAACACUUCAGUAAUGUGCGUGUCAUUGUAGAUUGCACCGAAAUUCCUAUUGGCCAGCCCAACUGUUUGCGGUGUGCAUUACAGACCUACUCCUUCUAUAAGAAAGGUUUCACAGUUAAAUAUAUGGUGACUGUUACACCAAGUGGUCUUAUUGCCCACAUAAGCCAAGGAUAUGGAGGCCGCACCUCAGACAAGGCCGUUUUUGAGCAAAGCUGCCUCAUCAAGCAACUAGACCCGAUAUCAGAUGCCAUAAUGGCAGACCGUGGCUUUCUUAUCGAUGACAUUUGUGCGGACAACCUAAUUGAGUUAAUCAGGCCUCCAUUCAGAAAACAAAAGCAGAUGUCAAAGGGUGAUGCACUUAGGACACAAAAGAUAGCAUCAGCAAGAGUUCAUGUAGAGCGUGCUAUACAGCGAAUGAAAAUAUUCAAAGUUUUGUCAACAAGAAUCCCAUGGAGCAAGGUAGGACUACUUGACGACAUUGUUAUAAUUGCUGCAGGCAUCACAAACCUCUCGUCACCGAUUUUAGCAGCACAUCGAUUUCUGUGAGUCCUGCAUCAAUACAUUUGCCAAGCGUAUUAUUUGCAUCGUAAAAGUGGUUCGUGCUUUCCAUGCAAGGAAGUUUAAAAAUUUGCAGAAGUGGAAGUGCCAUGUUCCUUACCAGCAGAGGUGAAGCCAGUGCUUGGCCUUAUUUUAGAUCUGAAAUAGACCUUUGUUG